UUUAAACAUAAAUUCGUAAACCGCUGCCUAUACACUUUAGUUUAUUUGCUGCAAGAUGAAUCUAGUGUAUCAGUUGUUUUUGUUGACCAAUCUUUUCGGUCAAAUUUCGUUAAUUUAUAUUGAUCCAAACGGUUAUCUGGUUUACUGUCCAUGUAUGGGCCGUUUUGGCAAUCAAGCUGACCAUUUUCUUGGUGCAUUAAAUUUUGCGAAAAAAUUAAAUCGCACUCUAAUCCUACCACCAUGGAUUGAGUAUCGUCAAGGUGAACCAAAAUCGAUACAAGUACCUUUUGAUAGAUAUUUUAAACUGGAACCCAUUAGCCAAUUCCAUCAAGUCAUCACAAUGCAAGAGUUUAUGGAAAGAAUCUCUAAUAGUGUGUGGCCUGAAGAUCAACGCAUUUCAUUUUGUUACAUGGAGCGCAAGAGCCUGCGUGGCUCUAUGAAAAAAGAUUGCCAUGCGAAAGAAGGAAAUCCAUUCGGUCCAUUUUGGGAUGAGUUUAAGAUAGACUUCAUUGGUUCUGAAUUUUUUGCACCAUUGCAUUACGAUGUUUGGCAUACAGCAGGUCUCAUUGACAAGUGGCAUCAGAAGUAUCCGGCCAAUAAAUGGCCAGUGCUUGCAUUCACAGGUGCUCCUGCGUCGUUUCCAGUUCAAAAAGAAAAUAUCGCACUUCAAAAAUAUCUCGUUUGGACUGACGAAAUGCAAUCAAAAGCAACAAAUUGGAUAAAAUUGAAUUUACCGAAAGGCGCCUAUUUAGCUAUUCACUUACGCAAUGGAAUCGAUUGGAAGCGAGCAUGCGAACAUAUCAACGAUAGUCCGAAGUUAUUUUCGGCCGCCCAAUGUGUUGGCUAUAACAAUGAGAAAGGUGUUGCAACACCCGACAUGUGCGAACCAUCUAAACAACUAAUCAUUAAACAAAUAAGACAAGAGCUCAAAUCUUACCAUUCAAAACAUCCAACAAAUGGAAUUAAAUCAAUUUUCGUUGCAUCGGACAAUGACUUCAUGAUUAAAGAACUGAACGAAGCAUUCAAACGCCUAAAAAUAUCUGCAUUUCGAACGAAUGAAAAAGAUCCACAUUUGGAUCUAAUGAUAAUGGAAAAAUCAAAUCACUUUAUUGGCAACUGUAUAUCAUCAUUUUCAGCAUUUGUCAUCCGAUCUCGUGAAGUCCAUGGAUUUCCGUCAGCAUUCUGGGCGUUUCAUACUGCCUCAACUCAAAUCCGGGAUGAACUAUAAUUCCAUAUCUGCUAUAGCAGAUAGAAAGAUUGCGGCUAGUUUUUCACGGGCUAUAGACAUUUUUCAUGAAUAAAAUUUAUUACAAAUUUCAAUUUCUUUGUAGAGAAAUGUCAAGUUUUUCAACAGUCGAUGUUGGUUAUUGUGAAAAAAUUAAAAAAAAAAAAUAAAUGCAUGCAACGUGUUGAUUCUUUUUCUAUA